AUAUUAGUUUGUAAAUUGAACAAGGACACUGGUUUAACUGUCGUCUUUCUAUGCAGCUCCCAAAUACUUCAUUUCCCAUGAUGCACUGUGAGGUUUUUUUUUUAUGACUUUUGAACUCUGGAUAAAAACAAGCCGAUCAGCUGGUGUAAAAGCAACAACAUCGUUACAGGAGUCUGUCACCAAAUAGCCCAGCUGGUUGACUUUCUCUCUGACGGUAGCCGUGUGUGUGUCGGUCGGCGGUAUGGCGUUAGACGGUGUCCGGUUUUAGCCCGUGAUGAGGCAGCACUUUAGUUUAGUCGUCGUCCGGUCGGACUGGUAGCCACACGGCUAGGUCAAGACGAAUGAAACGAAGGUUGUUUGUCUCUUCUGAAGUGUGUCAUUAACGGUAGACGGGCUAUUUAUUAAUGACUUUCAGAGCGUGUAUUUCUUUAAUUGUUGUCACGAGCUUACGGGUCUGCUUUUAAACUGGACAGCACAAAGGAGACACAGGGCAGCUAAUGUCAGCUAGCAAACUGUUGUGCCAAAACAAAGUAAUUGAUAGUCUGGACAAAUGUUUGAAAUUGCUGUUUGGACCCUCAUUAAUGUCCUCAUUAAUAGUAAGCAGUAAUAAGGUUCUGAGCUGAACAUUUACACACUACUUUUUGACAGUAUUACACGACUGAAUUGGCUGUUUUGAGUCGGUUUUUGUGACAUAUGCUCGUAGAGAUUUAACUUUGUUUUCCACCGCUGCAGUCCUAGUUUCUUUCAGUCAGGGUUGAGAUGAGCGGUCCAGCUGUAGAUAAAGCAAUGACCACAGUACUGGGCUGUCAGGAGAGUUACGCCUGUGGUGGUUCAGAUGAGGCUGCGUUUGAAUGCGAUGAAUGCGGCAGCCUGCAGUGUGCCCGCUGCGAGCUGGAGCUCCAUCGCCAGGAGCGGAUGAGGAAUCACGACCGGGUUCGGAUUGCACCGGGACACGUCCCCUUCUGCGACUCCUGCAAAGGUGACAGCAGCUGCUCCGUCAGCGGUGGACGCCUCAGAGCAGUGGUGCGCUGCCAGGGUUGUAAGAUCAACCUGUGUUUGGACUGCCAGAAACGCACCCACAGUGGAGUCAACAAGAGGAAGCACCCUCUGACACCGUACCCCCCUGCCAAAGCCCCCCAGGAUAACAACGUGAAUGCUGGGGAGUCGCAGAUAGAGCUCCUGAAAGCUGAGCUGGAGAAGGUGUGCAGCUUCCUUUUGGUGGACGAGAAGGAGGAAAUGCAGGUGAAGGAUGAGGACGACUUUGUGAGCAGACUCGGCUGCAAACCAGAUGAGCUCCUCAAGGUGGUCUCCAUCUUUGGAAACACUGGGGAAGGCAAGUCCCACACCCUGAACCAUACGUUUUUCCUUGGACGAGAGGUGUUCAAGACAUCACCCACCCAAGAAUCCUGCACCGUUGGUGUGUGGGCAGCUAUGGAUCCUGUGCACAGGGUGGUAGUCAUCGACACAGAAGGACUACUUGGGGCUGGAGCCAACCAGGGUCAGCGAACCCGGCUGCUCCUCAAAGUCUUGGCUAUCUCUGAUGUGGUCAUCUACCGAACCCACGCUGACCGUCUCCAUGACGAUCUCUUCAAGUUCCUUGGUGAUGCAUCAGAUGCCUAUCUGAAACAUUUCACCAGGGAGCUGAAAGCGACAACCACCCGCUGUGGUCUGGACGUCCCGUUGUCCACUCUGGGCCCUGCUGUAAUAAUCUUCCAUGAGACUGUCCACACCAAGCUACUAGGAUCAGACAAACCUAACGAAUCGGCCGACCGUCUUCUGCAGGAGCGUUUCAGGAAACUGGGUCUGUUCCCAGAAGCAUUCAGCUCCGUCCAAUACCGUGGAACUCGGACCUACAACCCUCCCACAGACUUCAGUGGUCUGCUGCGCAGCCUGGAGCAACAGCUGGAUAACAACACCACACGCUCCCCACGCUCUGCCAGCGUCAUCUACAAGGCUCUGCAGGCACUGAGCGAGAGCUUCAGUGGGGAUAUUCCAGACGAGCACAUGACCAGUAACUCAUUCUUUCCAGACGAGUACUUUACCUGCUCUAGCCUCUGCCUUAGCUGUGGUUCAGGCUGUAAUAGAAGCAUGAAUCACCUCAAGGAGGGACUCGACCACGAAGCCAAACAUCGCUGCCGCUACUCUGCGCAGUAUGACAACCGCAUCUACACAUGCAAGGCCUGCUAUGAAGGAGGGAAGGAGGUGAUAGUCGUUCCUAAGACUACAGCCUCAUCUGACUCACCGUGGUUUGGUUUGGCCAUCUACGCCUGGUCUGGGUAUGUGAUCGAGUGCCCCAACUGUGCAGUGAUCUACAGAAGCAGGCAGUACUGGUAUGGAAACCAGGACCCAGUGGAAACAGUGGUCAGGACAGAGAUCCAGCACAUCUGGCCCGGGUCUGACGGGUUUUUGAAAGACAACAACAACGCUGCACAGAGGUUGCUGGACGGAGUCAAAUACAUUUCUCAGUCAGUGUCUGAACUCAGCGUCAAGCCUGCCAAAGCUGUCACCUCCUGGCUUACCGACCAGAUUGCUCCCACCUACUGGAAACCAAACUCCCUUAUCCUGAAAUGCCAUAAAUGUGGGGAAGAGUUCCAGCCCAACGACACCAAGCACCACUGUCGUGCCUGUGGAGAGGGCUUCUGUGAUUCCUGCUCCUCAAAAACCCGGCCGGUCCCGGAGAGGGGCUGGGGCCUCGCACCCGUCCGAGUUUGCGAUGCCUGUUUCCACAAUAGGGGAAUCCCAACAGAGUUGCUGGAUGCAGCUUUGGAGGAGGAGGGAGGCACCCUGAUUGCCAGGAAGGUUGGAGAGGCAGUUCAGAACACUUUAGGAGCUGUAGUCGGUGCCAUCGACAUACCUCUGGGCCUGGUGAAGGACGCAGCUCGCCCGGCCUACUGGGUCCCAGAUCAGGACAUCCACUCCUGUAGCGAGUGCCAGCGGGAGUUCUCCCCACGUCUCUCCAUCCACCACUGUCGCGCAUGCGGCCAGGGCGUGUGUGACGACUGCUCCCAGGAGCGACGUGCAGUGCCCUCCCGUGGCUGGGACCACCCAGUGAGGGUCUGCAACGGCUGUAACCAGAAACCCGGGGAGCUCUAGCAGGACAAGAAGCAGGAUACAAAGGGAGGGGGGGACGGUUCAGGACGCCGGCUUCCACAAAAACUGGAACUGCAAACAACUUUUAACUAAAAGGCUUCAGUCGCCUGUUUAGUGACGUUUCCUGGCUGCCACUACACUGUGUGUGGCAGUUUGGACUGUUUAUUGUUUUUUUAAUGCUGUCCUCGCGUCACUUAAGUCCCUUGAUGCUAUUUCACUUUAAUAUGCCUAUAUUUUACACUGUGAACAAUACCAGUGAGAGCGAGACUUGAAUUUCAAGAAGGCGGGAGAUGUUUAAACAACUUGACAAUGUUUUUAUGAAAGUGAGUAUUGUAUGUGCUUGCUUACAAUAAGUUCAGGUAAAUAUCCUUUAAAUUGAUGCCCCCUUUGACAAUCCCUCCCAGUGUUACAUGCUAGUACUCAUUAGCACCUUUUUGUAGUCUGGGGCUACAUGUGUAAACUUUUAAUGAAUAGAACUGACUGAGCAUCUUAAAAUGAUAUCCAGGUAAGCACUUUUAUUCUAAGACUGUCUCUGCGGGAGAUCUGGAAACGACGGAAAACCUGUAAACUUCUGCUGCUGGUUUGAAUGGAUGUACAGUAGUUUAUUUUUUUUUUGUCUGCUUCGGCCCUGCAAGCUUUAGCUUUCCUGCCACUCUUUGGCUUCAGGAGGAUUCAAACAAUCAGAAGCCAAUGAUGUACUGUAGCAUCGAGAUGCAUUCCAACUUAUAUACUUAGUAAUUACUUAAUCCCUUAAUCCUUUGUGGUUGUUUGUGCAUUGGAAUGGGCAGAUAACAGUAGAGCAGCCUUAAUAAUGCUGUCCACGUGGACUGUUUAAAUUUUACAUAGUAUAACAUAUAUAUGGCAAAAAAAAAAAAAGUUUAAUUUAAUAGGGAGAUUUUUAAAAUGUCAAAACUACUAUGAAGACAAAUCUGAGUGCAGUGGGAUGAAAGGCAACAGCUUUUUAUAGAGUGGCUGGCUCACAGUAGCAAUACGGUACGGACAAGACUUCAUCUUUGAGGCUGGCCCCUCAAAACAGGAAAUAAUUCAAAGAGUAACCCUUUACUCUGUCAACUCAGGCUGUGUAGCUAGUUAGCUAAGAGCACCACGUGAGCAACGUUUAAGGUUGCCUUGAAUCGCGACAGAACUGUAACCGACGACACGUAUCUGAUGAAUACAACAUAUGACGUGGUUAGGCUUUCGACUGAACACUGAGGCAUCAUGAGAUCUCACUGCAGUGAAGGGCACCAUGGGAUUUUUUUUUUCUUUUUCAGUAAAUCUGGGAGAGUUUGUUUAGCUGUGUGAUGUCAACAAAUAAGCUGAAAGAACACGCUGACCUGAAUGGGUGACCUAUCUCACUGCUGUCAAUGAAAGACGUUCAAAGGUUAAGAAUAUCACAAGGAACAAAUCAAUACCUUUAUGUUCAUGUAUGCUCAUACAAUAUGUAUUAAACUGCAGAAACUCA